AUGGUCAAGUCAACCGACGAGCUCAGCACUUCGCACAGCACCAGUUCAGGUAAUAAUAUUAAUAUUAUUUAAAAUUUUAAAAUUUUUUCAAAAUUUUUAUAAUUUAUAAUAUUGUUUAAAAAAUUCCUUAUUAUUUUUGUAAAGAAAGUUUUUGCAGGUCUUCGAACGACGAAAGAAAAACCGAAACCAGCUGAAACUUACGGCGAAGUCGUCAAACGAUGGCCCAAGAUCACGUUUUGCAUCAUAGGAAACGAAUUCUGCGAACGGUUUUCCUUCUAUGGCAUGAGAAGUGAGUGAAAUCGACCGGUUUUGUCAAACAACCCGAAGACAAAACUUAACAUUUUCCAAUUGAUUUUUUGUAUUUUUCGAAAAAAAUAAUUUUACUUUGACUUUUUAAAUUUGAAAAUAAUAUUCAUGUUUUUAUUGAUAAUAUUUUUUAACUUUCAGCUGUACUAACACUGUAUCUACUGAACGUUCUCAACUUUAAAAAGGACGAUGCCACAACAUUUUACAGUUUCUUUACUGCGUUGUGUUACUUCUCGCCCAUUUUGGGAUCUCUGAUUGCUGACGGCUUUAUUGGAAAGUUCAAGUAAGAUUUCUUUAUGAUAUUGUAGUAACUUUGUAGAAUCAAUGUUUAAAAAUGUAUUUUUAUAAAGGUUAAAAAAAUUUUACCAUUUAAGGUUGUCCGGAAAGUUCUGCAAUAUUUAUUCACUUUUGAACUAACAAUAAUAACAAUAUAAUUAACAACUACAGUCAAUCAAAGUAAUUACCGUCUGAAUCAAUACAGUCUUGCCAACGAUUUACAAGCUUUUUUAUUCCACGAUUGUAGAAUUCCGGGUUUCUGGAGUUGAUGAAGUUCUUGAAGGCAUUCUUGGCAUCGUCUGGAGUUUUGAAGAUUCUUCCAUUAAGAAACGAAGACAAGUGUUUAAAAAGGUGAAAGUCCGUUGGAGCCAAGUCUGGAGAAUAAGGAGGGUGCUCCAAGACUUCGUAUCCCAGUUCCCUGAAUUUUGCCACGGUCUUCUUUGCCGCAUGGGGCCGUGCGUUAUCCUGCAGAAUGAUCGGACCCCUCCUUCUGACCAUUGUUGGAAGAUUGUGUCGCAGUUUGUCAAUCUGAUUGUAAUAUGUGGGUCAUCUUCAAUCUUGCGCCUCAGGGCAUCUUUGUCAAGUUUGCUGGGUCUUCCUGCACGUGGUUUGUCUUCAAGCUUCUCAUCGUCCACACGAAACUUUGCGAACCAUCUGGUCACCGUAGAAUAACUCACAACAUUCUUACCCUCAUUUUCGUUUAUGAUUCUGAAGGUUUCUGCCGCAGUAUUUCCGCGUUUGAAUUCAUUCCAUAUAAUCACGCGCAGGCGAGAUUUCUCCAUUUUUUUCUAAUACCUAAAACAAUACAAAAAAAUAAAAUUAAGUUAUGUAACUUACCUUUUUGAAUAAUUUAGGUAACAAACAAACGAACAAAAAAAGAAUUUUUCUUUCCGUCAAGAAAUAAAUUUUUCCUGAUUUUUCAAAGUUUACCUACUCAAAUAUUGCAGAACUUUCCGGACAACCUAAUAUAUUCACUUCUGAAGUUAAAAAUUAAGUUUUAAUUUUGACCUUAAAUUAAGUUAACAAUGGCCCUUUCAGAACCAUUGUAUCCGUAUCCAUCCUCUACACUUGUGGUCAGAUUCUGCUCGCUUAUUCAUCGACCAACAAUGACAAAUGGUCUUUGCAUCCAUACAUUGACUUCCUCGGCUUGUUUAUUAUUGCAAUUGGUACUGGUGGUAUCAAGCCUUGUGUAUCGCCAUUCGGAGGAGAUCAGUUUGAGAAGUACGAGCUGAAAAUGAUUUCUCUCUUUUUUUCGUAUUUUACUUCUCAAUCAACGCUGGCUCUAUGA